AUGUUGCUACCAACCCACUUCUCAUGUAAGAAAAUCACGCCAAUUAAGAAAAAAAAAAAUAUUCCACUCUGUAAAACGAAACGACAAUUAACAUACAUAUAUACACACACACAGGCAUCCAUGCACGGAACACUAAGGACUUUAGGUAAAAUAGUAGGAGCUCCAAAGGGCCACGAUCGUUAUAGAGACCCCGUCACUCAUCAAAUAACACCAGCUCUAUAUCGGGUCAGACAACCAUUUUUUUGGAGAAACACCAUUGGAUUGUUUGUCGUUGGAGCUAUACCACUUGGGGUGUAUUUGUACACGUUCCAAAAGAUGACUGAUGAUGAUUUUGGUGAUAUUCCAAUUCCACCCAUUAGUGAUGAAGAAUUGAAGAAAUUGCAAAGUGAAUACGAGGGUAAGACAUAG